AUUUAUAUAUUCCAUGUUAAAUUGAUUCUUGGUUCUAAGACAAAUGUGCAUCGAAUUUCAAAACCUCCUUUCCAUUCACUUUUGCUGAAGCUUCUUCUCCUCUCUCUCUCUCUCUCUCUUUCCUUCACUUUCCCUCUCUCUCUCUCUCUUCAUUUUUUCUUUGUCAGUUUGUCUCCCUUCUUAGUCUUGGUGCUGGUUCAUGGAUUUUGAACCCUUGUGGGCUCUUGGGGGGUGGUUAAUUUUUCCAAAUAAUUGCAUGGCAGUGCCUAAAACAUCAUCAUCAAUCCCUGAAAUCCAAGCAAAAUCUCAACCUUUUGUUCUCUUCCUUGCAAUUCUCUUCAUUUUCUUUCUGCUCGUUAAUUUAUCCAACUCAAUGAAUCCAUCCAUGACGGCGGCCUCCUCCUCCUCGGUUCCUGUGAAGAUCAGGCUUCUGCUGGAAUAUCCAUCAUCAGCAUCAGCUAAAUCUACCACAAACUUGCACCCGAAGAAGACCAGAAACAGGCAUACUUCCUCCCCAAGUUCUUCCACUACUAAAAGGGAGUUUGGAGCUGAAGCUCACGAGGUUCCCAGUGGUCCAAACCCCAUAUCAAACUAGGAAAAGUCUGAAGCAUCAUCAUCAGCCACAUCUGUAUGAAAUGAUGGAUGCAUGGAUCGAUCGAUCGAUAGAGUAUGUAACGGACAAUUUAUAAUUGUUUUCAUCUUUAUGGGUGCUAGCUGUUGAAGUUCACAUUUAAUACUACUUGUCCUCAGUGACAGGGUUUGUUUCUUCUGUUGUCGUCUUCAUAUAUAAUUUUUAGUUGCCUUUCUUUUUCCUCCUUUUA